AUGAAUCCUCCCUCGAAAGAAAUCACUAUAACCGCAGAAGAAGUGGCCAUAGAUAAACUUCAAAAAAAAUUAAAGAAUAAAAAAAAGCAAAGCUUCCCAAGACGCAUACAUUGCUUUGAUGUUUAUCAACUUGCAAUGAAAAAGGCCAACGGAAAUAGACUGCUUUUGCCCAGUCGAGAAUUUUAUAAAAUAUCCGGAGAAUAUUGGAAAGAAAUAAAGAAGUCUCAAGAUAGAAAUCUACAAAAUGAAUACAAAAAAAUAGCGCGAGAUGCACAAAAAAUUUUAGAUGAGAUGUUAAAUCAUGACAUUCUAGUCGAAUGCUCGCAAUGUAACUUCAAUUACUACGGAUAUUAUCCAAGCAUCUCGAACGAGACGUCGUCGCAACCUUGCCAAUCUCAUUUAAUUGCACAUAACUUCGCUCAUUGGCAACAAAAUUAA